CGUGUGUGUGUGUGCAUGCAAGAGACGGUGGAGAGAGCUAGGGCCCCUCCCCCUCACAGUGCGGAGGAAUACAGUGAGUCGUACAGCAGUGGUUCGUCUCGCCUGCCCGCCUCCUUCAAGCCUCGUUCAGUGGCAGCCGUCCAUUUCCUAUCUCCCCGUAGCGUUAGCAGACCAGCGUUUCCUACUAAAACAGACAUGGCUGACCAACUAACAGAAGAGCAGAUUGCAGAGUUCAAGGAGGCCUUCUCCCUGUUUGACAAGGAUGGCGAUGGUACCAUCACCACUAAGGAGCUGGGCACAGUCAUGAGGUCACUGGGACAAAACCCAACUGAGGCCGAACUCCAGGACAUGAUCAACGAGGUGGACGCUGAUGGCAAUGGGACCAUUGACUUCCCCGAGUUCCUGACAAUGAUGGCAAGGAAGAUGAAGGACACUGACAGCGAGGAGGAGAUCAGAGAGGCAUUCAGGGUCUUUGAUAAGGAUGGCAACGGUUACAUUAGCGCUGCAGAGCUGCGUCAUGUGAUGACUAACCUGGGAGAGAAGCUGACAGAUGAGGAAGUAGACGAGAUGAUCAGAGAAGCAGACAUCGAUGGAGACGGCCAGGUCAACUAUGAAGAAUUUGUUCAGAUGAUGACCGCCAAAUGAACUGGGUUCAAAGCAAAGACGAAGAAUCAGUCAAAUGUUUCACUUACCUCUUAUUGCAAAAAUCUACAUUUAUUCAUAAUGUUCUGUAUAGACAACUUAAACUGAAUGUUGGAAGACUGAAAUUCUGUUCAUAAAAACAAGCUCAAAAAGACAAAAAGAAAAUCCUAAAUGAAUCUGCAUGUACUGGCUUGUAUUCCCCGCCCCCCAGCGCUGUGCUGCCCAAUCAGAUCUCAACAUGUUAGCUGAGCAGCCUCUCUGCAGCUGGCUGGUUUGGCCUCUGCUCCUCUGCUUCCUGGUUCCAUCUGCCUGAUGUCAUGAUGAUUCUAUGGGCUGGCCAAUCGCAUUUCUUCCUGACUUCCUGUUUUCUUUCUUUCUGUUCUUCAUGCAUGCAGCUUUAGAUGGGUUACUGUUGGGGGGCCCAAUGGCAGGGGGCUGUCAUUGGGUCUCAGGUUGGUCUGGGACCCACUGAGAGGAGGGAGGGUUAGUUGUUGGAUGGAUGGGAGUGAGUAAACCAGCGGAAACAUUGCAGUUUGCUCACCUAAAUCAAGUCAGUGACGACAGAUAUUUUUAAGAAAAAUAUUAAAAUGGAAUAAAUAAGAACUCAUUUUAGAUUCUGUGUUUCUGGCAUGUCAGGAUACUCGCUUUAUCCUUUGUGUGUUUACCUUUUUGAGGGGGAAGCUUGGGUGGGGUGUAGAUUUGAGCCCCUUGGAUGUUGGCUGUGUUAUAGAUUAUUUGGAGGGGUGGGGGGACUUUCAAGAAAAUUAUAAACAUGAGACAUUUUUGGGGCAAUAUUUGACAGUUUCUGCAGAGAUGGAUAACUAAUUGUUGGUAACAGUAUAUUGCCUCAAAGAUUGCAUGUUUAUCUGGUGUCUUCGGGGGGGGGGUUGAUUUCAGUUUAGUGGGGACGGGGUCGGUGCUUUGCAGCAUUUCUAUCUUGUGUUUGUGUGAGUUUGCGUGUGUAAGUGUGUGUGUGUGUGGGUGCGGCGAGGCCCGGCCCAGUCCAACUGUUCUGUUCAGUUCAGUUGAUCUGCAUUCCAAGUUGUACAUGCUAGUCUUUACAUUUUGUUUUUCCAAUAAAAUACCAUGAACUAACA